AUGGAAUUCCUGCACUUGGUGUUGCUUGAGGAGCUGGAGACGGGUGGAUCACGCUGGCGAACAUCGUGGUACGACACGCCCACGCGGAAGGCCACGGAGGAGCUUUUUACUAAACUGGGAGUCGUGACCGGACUCAAACCCAACGGCAUAUUUACAGGAGGGGCGCUGGAGCCAUGUAACGGCCGGGACUGCUCUACGUGCAGAUGCCAGCCUGCUAAAGGUGCCCGGGGGGCGCCGGGCCGGCUGGGUAAACCAGGGCUCCAAGGUGAGUCAGGGAUAAGUGGCCCACCCGGACCCAGGGGUGAGAAGGGCAGACGAGGUGCAGAGGGGGAACCCGGACCUGAAGGAACCCCAGGAGGCAGGGGGAUGACUGGUCCUCCAGGGUUUCCAGGUGUGAACGGUGUUGAUGGACACGUCGGUGAAGCUGGACUGCCUGGUCCGCCCGGACUGGAUGGCUGUAAAGGUGCUCAGGGUGAGCCUGGACCCAGUGGGUCACCUGGAAUUUAUGGAACACCCGGACCUUUUGGUCCACCAGGGCUAAAGGGGGUGAAGGGAGAGGCGACGUACGGAUCCAUCGGAGGACCUGCAGGAGAACCUGGACCUGAUGGGGAACCUGGACAUCACGGCCUUCGUGGUCCACCGGGCUUUUUUGGUCCUCUCGGUCUUCCAGGGCUACAGGGAAUCCCGGGUGAUGGCGGCAGGUCACUUCCUGGUCUGAAAGGAGAUGAAGGAGAACCGGGACUGCAGGGUCCGCCUGGUCCAGACGAGAUCGUGGAACCGCCCGAGGUUCAUUUCAUUAAAGGAGAGAAGGGAGAUAAAGGUGAUCCGGGACCCUGUGGGCCUGACAGAGAGGACGGCAAUUUAACGGAGUCUGGUGUGAAAGGGGAAAAAGGAAUUCCUGGACUGCCCGGCCCGCGGGGCCCCUCUGGAGAUCUGGGUCCUUCUGGUCCUCGUGGUCGCACCGGUCUGAAAGGUGACACAGGAGAUCCAGGUCCUAAAGGUCCUCCUGGAUUCAUCCACCCGGAUCCAGGACCGCCUGGAGACCCGGGCCGACGUGGACCACCCGGACCGCCUGGCAAUUAUGGAUUAAUGGGAGAACCUGGAUUACCCGGACCUCCGGGAGACACGUAUCUAGGUCAAACAGGCCCCCCUGGACCACAAGGCUCCGAGGGGCCCGAAGGGUCGAAAGGAAACCCGGGCCGAGUUUUGCAAACAGAACCAGGACGUCCGGGUCUGCCUGGGUAUCGUGGACCUCUCGGGAUCAAAGGGGUCAGAGGUCCUCCUGGUCAAUAUGAUCUCACUGCCUCACUGUUGUUCUGUCGUUCUGAAGUCCACUGCCCUCCUGGUCCUGCGGGACCCCCUGGAGAUAAAGGUGACCGGGGAUAUCCAGGCGUCCAAGGCGUCAAGGGUACAAAAGGCUAUAAUGGCGAUCAUAUUUGCACUUCGGGUGGGCGGGGCCUGCCUGGCCUAGCCGGCGCUCCGGGACCUCCGGGAUACGAUGGGCUUCCUGGGAGAGAAGGACAAAAGGGUGAUCCAGGAGGUCCAGGAGGUCCAGGAACACCAGGUCACACAGGAAACCCAGGCCAGCCGGGUCCACCGGGAGUCAAAGGUCAGAAAGGAGACCCUGAUUUUUUCACUGUUAAAGGGUCACCGGGCCCUCCAGGAAUCAUCGGCCAACCUGGCUUCCCAGGGCUACCGGGCCUCCCUGGAGAUCCAGGACCACCGGGUGACGCUUACGAAGGUCUGGACGGAUACGUCGGAAACCCGGGACCCACAGGCCCUAAAGGCUACCAAGGGUCUCCGGGUCCUAAAGGCAUUGGGAUUCAAGGUCAAAAAGGGCUACGAGGGCCACUAGGAGACCCAGGUCCAGAUGGUCCAUCAGGGUUUCCGGGACCUCCAGGUGUUCCAGGUCCCCGAGGGUCGUCCGGUGAUCCAGGUGAUCAGGGUCCGCCUGGAGGCAGCUAUGUCGGCCCGCCAGGCUUUCCUGGGCUGCCUGGGCCACCAGGGUUCAAAGGGCCCAAGGGGGAAUCCUUCUCAGGUACAUCUGGAAUUCCUGGACCGCAAGGACUACCCGGAAGCCCUGGUCCGAAGGGUAGCCGUGGUGUAACAGGUCCUCCUGGAUUACCAGGCAUCGGUGGUGCUAAAGGAGACAAGGGGUUGGUUGGUUUACCUGGAAAUGGACCAAAAGGCCUUCCAGGACGACUUGGUCCACCUGGUCCUCCAGGCUCUCCUGGACCAUACGGCUUAAGGGGAGAACCCGGUGAACUAGGGACGUCUGGGCUUCCUGGGACAAAAGGAGCGAGAGGUUGUCCUGGGGUAGACGGACCACCAGGACCUUCUGGAAAUUUAGGCGUACAAGGACCGCAAGGUAGAAGAGGAGUGAGUGGUGAUGAGGGAUCGACCGGUUCGACCGGCGACGUUGGAUAUAAAGGGUCCAAAGGUAUCAUGGGACAGCAAGGACCUCCAGGAGACGUAACCUCUCUGAAAGGCUUGAUGGGUUUACCUGGACUCAAUGGACGACCAGGAUUCCCAGGACCUAGAGGACAUAAAGGUCUCCAUGGGCUGCCUGGUCACGCAGGUCUAAACGGACUACACGGCGCUCCCGGAUUUCAGAAGGGCUUACCUGGUUUGCCUGGACGAAGCAGCCCUAGGGGAGCACCAGGUCCACGGGGUCCCAAAGGAUCUCCAGGAGUCUUGGGAUUCCCAGGAUCCCGUGGAGAUCAGGGUGAUCCAGGAUAUCCAGGACCAGUCGGUGCCCAAGGCGGCCAGGGGUACCCGGGCAUAAAAGGUGACAAAGGCGACUCCAGUGGGUAUCCAGGUCCACCUGGACUCAAGGGCAUCAAGGGUGAAACUGGACGAACAGCUGAGAUCGGAUAUCCAGGGGAGCUUGGGGACCCAGGGCCUCCGGGUCUGAAGGGACAACCUGGUCCUCCUGGUUUUUCAGGUCCUCGAGGAUCACCAGGCCCCAUCGGUCCUCCAGGACAGAGUCCAGAUCCUUUGAUUUUGGGUCCUCGGGGUCUGCCCGGACCUCCAGGGUUACCAGGACUGAAAGGUCUUCCAGGCCCACCAGGUUCAAAAGGAUAUCAAGGAGCAGCCGGUCUUGAGGGUCUGGACGGCCUCCCUGGUCCAAAAGGAGAGAAAGGUUGGAGAGGUUCAGAUCUCGUUGGUCUUCCUGGGUUCCGAGGUGAUCCAGGGCAACCAGGUCCACCCGGUGAUCCUGGAAUCAAAGGAGCUUCGGAACAAGGAGCGAAGGGCGGGAGAGGACCUACAGGAGACCCAGGUCCGGCAGAUCUGACUGGACCUCCAGAUUUGACCCUCCGUGGAGCUCCAGGAGACGAUGGCCCACCGGGACCUCCGGGACCCGUCGGUGUGAGCGGUCUGUCAGGGCCGCCAGGCUACCCCGGUUACUACGGACCACCGGGACCCAAAGGGCAGAGGGCAUUACCUGGUUUGAUGGGCAUCACAGGACCAGAGGGUCCCAGAGGAAGAGACGGACCGCCUGGGCUCCAGGGUGAAAAAGGACUGAAAGGUCACAAGGGCGCCAAAGGUAACGUGGGUCGAGUUUUGCUGCCCACUCCCACCCCCCCGACAGUAGGACCACCAGGGCAGCCGGGUCCACCUGGACCUCUUGGACUGCCAGGAGUACCCGGACCUCCAGGAAGUCCAGGACCCACUGGACAGAAGGGCAUGGCAGGAUCCCGUGGGUUAUCUGGACCGCCAGGGAUUACCGGACACCCGGGUUCUCUUGGAGACGCCGGAGAACCUGGAGCACGAGGCUUUGUGGGGCAACAAGGUCCUCCGGGUGCCAAGGGAGAUCAAGGUUUCCCAGGUCCAGCAGGUUCGGGGCACCCUGGAUUCCUCCUGGUGAUCCACAGUCAGACGGAGGCGGUGCCCGAGUGCCCGGCGGGGAUGGCGUUCCUCUGGAGCGGGUACAGUCUGCUCUAUAUGGAGGGUCAGGAGAAAGCGUUCACGCAGGACCUGGGCCGGGCCGGUUCUUGUUUGCGUAUUUUCAGCACCAUGCCCUUCUCCUACUGUAACUCGGCCACCUGUAACUACGCCAGUCGCAAUGACAAGUCCUACUGGCUGAGCACCAACAGCCCGUUGCCCAUGAUGCCCGUGGCGGGCGCAGAGAUCCGCCAGUACAUCAGUCGCUGCGUGGUUUGCGAGGCGCCCGCCCCGGCCGUGGCGGUUCACAGCCAGGACGCCAGCGUGCCCGGCUGUCCUGCGGGCUGGAGUGGACUGUGGAUUGGCUACUCCUUCCUCAUGCACACUGGAUCAGGUGACCAAGGCGGCGGUCAGUCCCUGACCUCAUCCGGAAGCUGUCUAAAGGACUUCAGGUCGCAGCCCUUCGUCGAGUGCCAGGGUCCACGUGGAACGUGCCAUUAUUUCGCCAACGUUUACAGUUUCUGGCUGACUCGGGUGAGCUAUGACGAGGAGCUCGGUCUCGCACCGGUGCCCGGCGUACUGAAGUCGGCCGGGGAGCAGCGGGCGCGCGCCAGCCGAUGCCACGUGUGCAUGAAGCGGUGACGGGAUCCGUCCUGCAGCUCGUGUGUAUUUUUACCACAUCACCCUCCCCAGAAAUGUUGUUUUUGAUCGUUUACUUGUUAUUUAAUGAACUUAAAGCUCCGGAACACUAAUUAAGGAGGCGUCGGGCAUCGAACACGUCUCGUCUGAUCUACAAACUACAUUUGGUGGAGGGUGGAGGGGGUGAGGGUGUAAAAUAAAUU